AGAAGAAGAGUUUCCUCCUAUAGAUAUCUGAUUGCGAUUCUCGCUCGACUAAUAAUCAUAAUACCUGCAAUAUACUGCUGCAGUGCCUCUGGUGAUCGGGUCAACUGUCAAUAAGCUGGUCACCCCGCCUGACAGCCUCGCCCCCUCAGCCUCAUCUCCCAACAGCUUCAACACAGCGAUUUCGAUCUCGGAAACUGCCGCAGCCUGUGCGACCGGCAGAUUCCACUACAGACGGCCUCGUUCGUCAGUCAACCGAGGCGCAGCACAGCGCAGUGCGAUCGUGAGCGUUAUCAACCCGGCUGGCUGCUGUUCUGGCGAUAGAGCAUACCGGAUUGAAACUCUUCAACACAUACCACAAAUCGCCAAGGAAACGGCACGUCAUAACCAUGUCGGACACGGAGCAGGAAUGGAAGCCCAAUCCUCGCCGGCCUCAGUCAACCAUGGCCCAGGCAUUCUCUCUCGCGCUUGAUAAUGCAUUCAUGCUUGACAGUGAUGUCGACCAUCUCACACAGUCUAUUGAACAGAAAAAACAGAUGAUGACCAUCCAAGCCCGAGAGCUGGAAGCUCUACAGGCCAAGAUCCGCGAGGCCGAGGAGCGGCUGAACAGGGACAAGAGCGACGAGCAGCCAUCGUCGCAAGCCAACGGCCGAGGCGGAAGCUCCUCUGCAGACCAGGAAGGACGAGGCUCUACAGAUUCCGCUGCCACUUCUCACGACUUGGAUGUGGGAGAGGACCACGGCAAGGCAAAGGAGACGUCAUGAGCGGGAGCUACAUAUAUUAAUUC